CAGGAAUCCUCUACGGUAUUGGGGCAGUCCUUUUAUUUGAUAAAUCGAAACGGCACAAGUUCUUUCUUCCGUAUUUUUACUUGGGUGCGAGUGGCUGUAAGUAUACAUCGGCACCGGGACAGCGUCAUGAUAUGCUAUGACAUAUGAUCUGAAUCAACAAUACAUCUACUUAUUCCUGCUAUUAUGUAGUGUUGAUGGCAGUGGCCAAGGUAUUCGAUAUCGUAUGGGAUAAAAGCGAAGGGAUCAAAAGCGAUUAUCCGCUCCACGCGUCGUUAAUUUUGGAAACGAUCGGCUCGACAUUUAUGAUCUUGGCGUUAUUCCGGCUACUACAAGUGUGGCAACAAGUCGGGCUACGGGGAGGCGGAAGUGGCACACGUGUAUUAUCGUUGUUGGCACCUAUCACAACUUUUCUUGUGAUGGUGAUUUGUAUCGCUGGCGAUAUAUUCCUCAUCAAGCAAGACCUAGUGGAAGAGGAUGGGGGCGAAGAGGACGUGGAAAAAACACAUACGGCAUUGUUGAUAAAGUUUGUUGGAGCCUUACUUUUCGUCGUUUUAACGCUUGUCUACAUGGGGCUUGUUAUGUACUUGGCUCAUGCGACCAAGCGUUGCGGCACUGGCAUCGCCGCUGCAGCCUCCUCAGCAGCAACAACAUAUCUGUCCAACGUCCGCAGUAAUCCAAGCUUACUGAUACCCGUUUUGGCAACACUGGGAAUCCUCACUUUGAUCCGGUUCUCCUACUAUAUGGCCCUGGUCGGUAAUAUGGCAUUUUCUCAAGAUGAUUUAGAUGAUGAAGAAACGUUGAGCUGGCCGCUCUACGUUGGUCUGAUCGUGGUUCCCGAGAUUGGCGCUAUCAUUGUGGCUUUUCUGUAUGACCUGACGCAGGUCAAAAAUGGGGUUGAGGUUAGCUGCUUUUGGACUCGCAUUGCACAAGAUAUGAAAACAUUAGCGUAUGUCAUGCCUUACUUAUCUUCAACCUUCUAUUCCCUUUUCCGUGUAAUUUCAGCAACUGCAACAAGGUUUUACCUCCUUGGACCGCGAAAUAGCUUAGUAAUCAUAUCGUCCUGUCUCCGUCACUCAUUUUCAUAGCCUUUCACUCCUUCACACCUUCCUCAAUAUACCAUUCACUGCAAAGCUUUGCGUUUACAUAACCGUAUUACUAUGAUGCAGCAACCAACUGUUCCUUUGUACACAAACAUAGAAACCUGUAACAAUAAACAUAUGUAAAAUUCAACUCAAGCCAAUGAAUUGGUUAUCCCCGUACUUGUCCAAGUACAGUUAGUCUAGAGGCAUGGAAUUGAG